AUGAUCAUUGGACAUGAUCUACAAAACUCACUAGGCAUUGACAUCCUUUGGUCCAAACAAUUGCUAAUGUGGGACGGAAUCUCAGUUCCCAUGAAAGGUUACACAGACCGUUCUGAUGAAAACGAAGACAAACUUCAAACCAUGUUUGAAGAGAUCAUGGAAAUAGAACAAGAAGAAGAACUAUUUGGCGCGGCUAAACUUCUGGAUGCUAAAUACAAAAAAGCAGAUAUUAAUGCGGACAUUGAACAAAUGAAUCAGUUAUCAGCGCACAAAAAAACCAUGUUGAAGAGUUUGCUCUGCAAAUAUAAAGAAUUAUUUGACGGCACUUUAGGCACGUGGAACAUUCUGCCAGUUGAUUUCAAACUUAAACCAGGAAGUAAACCAUUCCACGCAAAACCUAUGCCAAUUCCACUCAUACAUAGAGACACAAUCUGCAAAGAAAUUGAUCGUUUAGUUUGCAUUGGCAUUCUCAAGAAGGACACUUUCAGCAAAUGGAGCGCUCCUUCAUUUAUUGUUCCCAAGGCAAACGGACAAUGCCGCCUUGUCACGGACUUUUGA